GGUGAGUAUGGGUUCCAUACUCACCAAGUCAGGAUAAGGUGAGCCUCGCGAGCCUUGUAAUCAAAAAAACGGUUCGGAAUUCGAUAAUAUCGCCGAUCGUACACAAAAAAAUACAUUUACGAUGAAUACACAUCCUGUAAAAUAAACACCUAUCAAUGAGCAUAAUUUAUUUAAAGAUAAAACGAUGCGCACUUAAAUAACGUCCAGUUAACAUUAAUAAUUUCAGAAUUAUAAACGUUUGUCAAGUUAUUUGUGUACCAAGUAUUGUAAGCUACAGUCAUGGACCGAAUUAAAUUUAAAAUAAAUGGCCAAGAGUAUUCUGUUGGUGGUGAGAUAAGUUCAGAUACGACGCUGCUGGAUUACUUGCGCAAUCAACUGGAGCUGCGAGGCACUAAGUACAUGUGCCGUGAGGGUGGCUGUGGCGCAUGCAUCGUCACCGCAUCACCUGAGCCAGGAGCGACUCCAAGAGCUGUCAACUCAUGUCUCGUUUCCAUAACAUCAUGUCAAGAUUGGGAUAUUAUAACAAUAGAGAAAGUUGGCAACAGACUGGAAGGCUACCAUCAAAUACAAAAGACAUUAGCAGAAGAAAAUGGCACUCAGUGUGGUUAUUGCACUCCAGGAUGGGUCAUGGCUCUGCAUAGCUUAUUACAAAGUAAUAAAAACCUAACAAUGAUAGAGAUAGAAAAAUCAUUCGCUAGCAACAUCUGCAGGUGCACCGGGUAUAGACCUAUACUUCAAGCAUUCAAAAAGUUUGCUUUGGACGCCCCCGACAAUUUACUAAUGGACAUCGAGGAUUUGAAAAUUUGUGGGAAGACAAGCAAAUUUUGUAAUAAAAAAUGCAACAAUGAUGAUCAGGAUUGGUGUUUUAUUGAAGAAAACUGUUUGUCACAGGCCAAUAUUAUUUAUUUAGAGCUUAAAGAUGGCAGAAAAUGGUAUAAAGUUACUGAAAUUGUUGAUAUAUUUAAAAUUUUGAAUGAAAAAGUUGAUGAAUCUUACAUGUUAGUGGCAGGAAAUACAGCUAAAGGUGCAUUUCCAAUCGAUGCAUACCCCCAUAUUUUAAUUGACAUAAGUGGAGUUCAGGAAUUAAGCGGAUAUGAAAUCGAUCAAAAUUUAAUAAUUGCUGCUAAUACAACACUUUCUGAAGCCUUGGAAAUUUUUGAAAAGAUUUCACGAGAAGAAACUGAUUUUGGUUACUUACAGAAGUUUUACGAUCAUAUUCAGUUGGUGGCUCACAUUCCUGUUAGAAAUUUAGCUACAAUAGCGGGUAAUUUAAUGACGAAACAUAAACAUCGAAAAUUUGCAUCGGAUACAUUUUUGUUAUUCGAAACAGUCGGAGCUUAUUUGACUAUACUGGACGUAGAUGGUUCGAAAUCUCGGGUCACCAUGGAAGGAUUUCUCAACACAAAUAUGAAUCGGAAAGUCAUAUUGAAUAUAUUAUUGCCUCCAUUGAAUAAUGAGUAUAGUUUAGUUACAUUUAAGAUAAUGCCUCGUUCUCAAAAUGCGCAUGCCAUAGUUAACACCGGUUUUCUAUACAAAUUAAGUAACAACAUAGUUUUGGAUUCACGGUUAGUAUUUGGUGGCCUAUCUCCAGCAUUUACUAGAGCAACCGAAACAGAAAAAUAUUUGGAUGGCAAACCUUUGUUUGAAAAUAGUACUUUACAAGGUGCGCUAAAGAUUUUGGAUAAGGAAAUACUCGUAGAAGAGGAUUCUCCACAGCCAUCUUCUGAAUAUAGGAAGCAAUUGGCCUUGGCUUUAUUUUACAAGGGCCUCCUGACUUUGUGUCCAGAUCAAGAAUUAGAUAGACGCUAUCGUUCUGGAGUCAAACGUAUACACGAAUCGAGAACAGUUUCACAAGGAAGCCAGGAAUUCAGUACAAACCCCAUUAUUUAUCCACUUAAUCAACCCAUUACAAAAGUGGAUGCUCUGAUUCAGUGCGCUGGCGAAGCCACCUUUACAGAUGAUCUCCCUUCAUUUCCACAUGAAUUGUUUGCUGUAUUCGUUUUAAGCACUGUGGGUCGAGGGACUAUAGAAUCAAUUGACACUAGAGAAGCUAUGAGACAGCCUGGUGUAGUAGCAUUUUAUUCAGCUAAAGAUAUACCAGGGAAAAAUUCUUUCAUCAUGCAUGGCCUCAUAGUGUUUACCGAAGAUGAAGAAGUAUUCUGCAGUAAACAAGUGAAAUAUUACAAUCAACCGCUAGGUAUUGUUGUAGCAGAAUCUACUACGAUAGCUGAAAGAGCUGCCAAAUUGGUUAAAGUUACAUACAGUAAUGUCACAAUACCAAUACUAGAUAUCAAGGAUGUAAAGUCCGAUUCUACAAGAACGAAACUCUUCUUACCCAUUCCUGCUCUAGGCAGAGGUUUAUUUGUAGACAAAACUUUCAAGAAUACCUACACGAUAUACGGGCAAUAUCAUUUUUCAAUGGAAACUAUAAUGUGUGUCACUUCACCAUCGGAGGAAGGCCUAGUUGUCUAUUCAACUUCUCAGUGGAUAGAUGCUGUACAAUAUACAGUGGCAAAAGCUCUGAAAUUAGAUGAAAAUCGGGUAGAUGUGCAUGUAAAGCGUCUUGGUGGAGCUUUUGGUAUAAAAAUAACCCGUGGUGCGUUGGCCGCCGUUGCAUGCAGUCUUGCUUCUUACAAAUUGAAUCGACCAUGUCGUCUCAUUCAAUCAAUGCCUAAUACGACAAGGUCUUUAGGAAAACGUUUGCCUUGCUCAACAGAUGUAGAGGUGGGGGUGGAUAAGAAAGGUCUUAUUCAAUAUUUGAACUAUGACCUCUAUUCAGAUAAUGGUUAUAUUCCGAGCGAAAUCGUAUGUGUGCUUGGAAUUGAUGUUCAUAACAAUUGUUACAAAAGAUUGUGGUGGAACUAUAAAUGUUUUAAUUCUACCACUGACAACGCUAAAAAUACUUGGUGUAGAGCACCAUCGUCUCUAGAAAACAUCGCAAUGGCUGAAACUAUAAUGGAACAGAUAUCAUAUGAGACAUCAUCAGAUCCUUAUGAAGUACGAAAAACUAAUGUGGACUUUUUAUUAUAUAACGAUAUAUUACAACUAGGAGAGAAGUUGAAAACAAAAGCACAGUAUUUCGAAAGAAGAACUGCUGUAAAUAAAUUUAAUGCUGAAAAUAGAUGGAAGAAGAGAGGCCUUAGAUGGUCUUUUAUGAGAUACACUCCUCUUUCACCUGCCGGUUACGAAGUUAACAUGAGCGUUUGCCACGGUGAUGGUUCUGUCAUAAUCAGCCAUGGUGGCAUCGAGUUGGGCCAAGGCAUCAAUACAAAGGCUAUACAAAUCGCUGCCUAUUUUCUGAAGAUACCAAUAGAAAAAAUUCAAGUGAAAAGUACUAAUACUAUCACAGGAACUAAUAGUAUUUUGACAGGUUCCAGUCUUACUUCACAGAGUAUUGGAAUGGGAGUCGAAAAGUGUUGUAAGCAACUGUUGCUAAGAUUAGCUCCAAUUAAAGUUUUAUUAAUCAACCCUCCCUGGGAGACUUUAAUAAAAAUUGCGCAUACUUUGAGUAUUGAUUUGCAAGUUCAUAGCUACGUGAACAAUAUAAUAUCUCCAGUAUAUUAUGUUUAUGGUGUGGCUUUGGCUGAAGUCGAAGUGGAUAUAUUGACAGGAGAGUCGGAAGUUUUGAGAGUAGACCUAAUAGAAGAUGUUGGUCGUAGUGUGAGCCCAAAGAUAGAUGUCGGUCAAAUAGAAGGUGCAUUUAUAAUGGGAUUAGGGUAUUGGACGUCAGAGAAGCUCGUGUACGACAAGAAAUCGGGAGAACUUUUAACAGAUAGGUCGUGGAAUUACUAUGUACCUCAAGCCAGGGAUAUUCCUCGCGAUUUCCGCAUAUAUUUCAGAGAAAAGUCUUAUAGUUCUAAAACUGUUCUUGGAGCUAAAGUUACUGGUGAACCUGCAAUAUGUUUGUCGAUCUGCGUGCCCUUCGCCAUGAGAGAGGCUGUGUCUUCAGCAAGAAAAGAUGUUGGAAUACCCGCCACACAGUGGUUCAAUAUAGAUGGCCCUCAUACUACAGAAAAAUUAUGCUUGUCAGCUGCAACAAGAUUGGAAGACUUCAAAUUCAGAUGAAAAAUGCUCUCGUAGAGAAAACUUGAAUGGUUACAAAACGCUUUUGGCUACUUUUCUAAAAUAACUUUAUUCUGUUGAUAGCUUUGGUGCUUUUUUGUUUAUUGUUGAUUUGGUUUGAUUUUGAUUUUGAUUGGUUUUAGUUAUUUUUGCAAAUAAGAAAUCUUAUAAGAAUGUGUUUUUUCUUAUUAUCCCUCAUUUUCUGCAAACGGUUUAUGAGAUACAUAUGUUUGAAAUUUUUGUGACCAGAGCGAUCAAUAAAUGAUGCCAGAGAAAUCAAAUACUAUAAAUUAUAGAAAAAAAUAUAUUAUAUUCAUGUAGUGAGAGAGAAAGAAUACUAUUCAUUGAGCCUUUCAUUUUCCUGUGGGAGUCGUAAGAAGCGACUAAGGGAACUCGGAGCUUCCAUCCGCUCUACUGGCGCUUAUCGCCCGCCUGGUUAGUUAAUAGCGUGUGCAUGGUGUAAAACUCGUGAAGUGCUCUUUGAGCGAGUUUCGGGGUUAGCCAGCGUACAAGCAGAGCUCGAGUGAGCGUUGCCGCGAUAGACUCGGUCCAGGGGAAGCAGCCUUCGAACUGAUGCCGGUCAGGGAGACCCGUAGAAACGGCUGACUCGCUGGCCGCCAGUGCCACAAUCCAGGGCUCGAGCGUUCUUAACCUACCUAACCUUCGGCUACUUCCCAAAAAGUGUAAAGUAGGUAAGUAUUCUUUCACGAAAUUUUGUGAAAAUAAAAGUAUUUUUCUGGGAGUUAUAAUAACAAACCAAAAGGUCGUUUACAUUGAUUUAUUUUAUGUAGUUUUCCCGAAAAUCGUGGUAAACCGUUUUCCUCCAUAAGAGGUCAAUUAAAGAGAUUUUUUUUUAAAUAUUUCAUAGCUAAAUAAGAAAGAAAGAAUAUUGUCAAUCUCUGUCCUGUUUUUGACUAUUAUGAUUC